ACUAGAUGGAUGUUUUCUCGUUCUGGUUCAUUUUGGCAUCAUAUUCGGUUAAAACAUUUGCUCAGCGAUGUAAGGUAACGCAACGAUCUGAACAUGGCUUAGUUCUCCUUGAUCACGUUUUCAAAUCGUUCACCGUGGAUCGUUUGGCUUCGUGUUAUAUUGCCUGCAAUUCACAGCCAGUGUGUCAAAGCCUUAACUUCAGGCUGAGUGACAAAACUUGCCAGUUUAACAAAGAAACUAAGAUUUCCUGCCCGGCUUGUCUGAAGCAGAAUGAAGGGUUUAUUUAUGCUGAAAACCCAGAUAGAGCUUUACUUGGGUCAGUUCCCUUCAGAACUGCCGAGUCCUGUCGACAUAUCAUUCAGAAUGGAGAUUCCACUGGGAAUGGAGAGUACUGGGUCGACCCACAAGGCAAUGGGAACUCCUUUAAGGCUUUUUGUGACAUGACAACUGAUGGAGGUGGCUGGAUGAUGGUGGUAAACAUUAUUUUAGCAAGCUCUCAAUCGUCAUGGUGGAAUGGCACAGCUGAACAAACGUUUCAAGGUAUGCGUAACUAUGGAAACGGCAAAAUGGCUAUAACCAAAAGCGCUAUGAACCAACUAAGAGCGUACAUAAACUUCACCCAAAUAAGAUUUCACUGUAGCAAAAGAAAAGGAACAACAUUCCACGUCAGAACGACUCUGAACAACAAAGGUGCAGAAGUGGUGCGAUAUUUCAGCGGCGAAAGAGAUGAGAUGCCAGACUCGUGUGACUCCUUCGUCCGUAUGGAUGGCGAUAACUCAAGACUGGCUCAGAAUUGUGCGGCAUGGGCAUAUCAUGGUAAGUGGGGACAUGUCAGCCAUAGUGUUGGAGAGAAUCGUCUGUACAGCUACGCAGCAUUUGUGACCUACAGUUAUCACUGGAUAAUUGGUGGCGACUGGAAGUGUGAUGAUGAUACUAACAAUAACCUGUCAACUGGAGACUCUUGGAAAAUAUAUGUCCGUUGAAAUACACCUUCAUGCAAUAACUUUGUAAUGUAGGACAAAGGAUAAACGAAAAAUAGAAAAGUCAAAUGGAAAUUUAUUAGCAUUUGGAAGGCUAUACACCUGACACUCUAACGACUUUAAAUUUUUUAGUUUUUAAUAUCUAGGUCAGCUAAAUGCAAACUUAUUAUUAUUGGAUAUGGCUUAAAUUUCCGUUGAAACUAAGUCAACGAUAACCGUCCCUAAAAUGAACUUGACGCAAUUGCAUUGUAG